UCAUUGCUUUAAUAAUAUAAAUUAAUUAAUUAAUAAGGAUGGUAUGGAAAGUAUAUUUUUAAUGUAAUGUCUAAUAUUUCAGCCUACUGAUGGGGGAUCAUUCAAGUAAUAUGACAAAUAUGUUUCCAAACGUUAUGGAGGUCUGACUUGCGUGUGUGUGUGCGUGCGUGUGUGUCUAUGUUUGCUUGUGUGUGUUUUUAUUUUGUGCAGUUUUCGCUUCUUGCACUUGACAUAAAUAUAUAUCUGUAUUGCUGAAUUGUUCUCAAAAUGUUGAUUACUUGACGAGUGUAUUAAUUGGGCUUCGACAUGCGAGGUAUACUCUCCCUGGUCGUGUCUCAAAUAGCCAUGUUCAUGACGGCAGCCCAGAGUCUCCAGAACGGGACAAACGUCGUGGACUUCCUCGGCCGGGCGCUGCAGAAGGAGGUGCAGGCUGUGAAACAACCGAUUGACGAGAGCAUCGCUUUCAUUGGAUCCUCGCAGUGUAAACACGUGAAGAAGCUGCUGGGAGUGUCGUACGAACAACUUCAAGAGAGUGAACCGGACCUCAACGGACUCACCAUCGUUUAUAGAUCUAAGUUGGUGACAGCUAUAAUAAACAUGACGUAUGUGGUGGAGGCGCUCCAAGCUCGCUCGUCAGAGGGCGCGCAGGAGCUGGUGUUGUUCGCACACGGCUUCACUGACGACCCGAGUAAGGACAGCUUCGGGAACAUCAGCGAGGCUUACUUGGGUAACGGCCACUCGCGAGUGGUCGCCCUGGACGGCAGCUCCCUCAUCCGCUGGCUGUACUUGCGUGCGUCCACAUACGUCCGAUUCAUAGGGGAGAGAAUCGGUCACGUGCUGGCGGCUAUGGUCCAACAUGGCCAGGAUCCUAAGAAAAUUCACCUGGUGGGGCACAGUCUUGGAGCGCAUAUCGCCGGGUUCAUCGGGAAAACGUUCUACAACUUAACCGGGUCACGAAUCGGGCGGAUAACCGGUCUAGACCCGGCCGGGCCGUGCUUCACACAUGUGGACCCGGAUUUGAGACUCAAGGAAUCGGAUGCAGACUUCGUGGACGUCAUACACACCGACUCGGGAGUGUAUGGAAUUAAGGAGGCUGUCGGUCACGCCGAUUACUACCCCAAUGGUGGAUCCCAGCAGCCGUCUUGCGUGUUCCAGACGUGUUCUCACUCAUACGCUUGGAGGCUGUACGGAGCUUCCGUCACUAGACCGAGGGCAUUCCCAGCUGUUAAGUGUAACAGCUGGGAGGAAUUCAAGAAAGGGAGGUGUGGAAAUGAGAUCAGUUACAUGGGCCUCGCAGCCGAGCCGAGCGCUAGGGGUAAGUUCUACCUCCAGACCAGCGGCGACUACCCCUUCACCCUCGGCGAGGACGGACUCAAGUAUAAGAAUAACGACGGCAUCGUCAAGAAUAUACAAGACACGCUGUUUGGAUAGGUCAAUGACCUGCUCAUAAUGACAUGUGUGGCUUUAGUUGAAGUAUGGUAUAAAAAAAUGAUUUUUGACUAGAUCUGUUUAAGAUAAUUAUAACUUAUUUGUACAAAUAAUGAAGCGUAUUUAUGUCGUUGGAUCUUCAAGAUAUUUUGUAUUGUUGAGGAAAAAAUAAUUAUAAUUUCCUCAUAAAUUAUCCAUUUGUAAAAACAUUAUAUAGUUUGUAUAAUAAAUAAAGAGACAGAAAUGAAACAAAGCAUCUUUAUUGUAAUAUCUGUUCGUCAUAACUUCGUUAAAUAUAAAAUAAUACGGAAAGGGACUCUUACAAAAAUAAACAUCUUCAAUAAAUAUAGGGACGAGACGAGAGAGACACAGUAAACCAUAGACAUAGAGCUGGCGGUCUCUAAGGUGCUCUCGCGACUAACGCUAUCCUGAGAGACUUACAUAUAAAUAAAAUGUCACAUUAAUAUAAAAAAAGGGAAAAUAAUAUCCAUCUGAUUCACAAUCAGUAACAUUAACUUAAAACCUACAAAGUAAUUGUACAUCCGUCACACCGCACGCGCGGCGUCGGCCGAGAGGAUAGUGUGUUAGUUUGUGCUCAGUGCGAGCGCCGCCCGCUCAGUAUGACAUAUCAUCAAACAGACUACGCUGGCCUCAGCUUGGAAUGUCCGGUCGCGACGCCGCCGGUGUGCUGGAAAACUUAAUAAAUAUCAAACAUGUAGUUCCCAAGCGGUGCGCCGUGUCAUCGGUAAGCUUCGAUAUCUUAGAGAUUAUGGAAAUGCGUUCUGGCCUCGGGCGACACAAACACCGGCCGGGCCGCGCUGCCGAGCUGUCCGGCCCCGCCGCCCGAGACGCGCCGUACGACACUAACACGUCCUAAACACUAGAUAGCACCGAACCGGUGACAAAUAUUACAAACAGUUAGCAACGUGGCGUAAAUAUAUCACUAUAUACUAAGGUCCCGAUUGCACGACAAACCCAAUCGUAA